UGCAGAACGUCAUUAGCGGAACACGAACGAACCUUUUCCGUUUACCUAAUUUCUAGCAAGCAAUAGAAAACUGAUUUUCUCACGCUUUAAUUCAUUCAACACGAAAGUAGUGCAAAAAAUAAAUUUUCGUUUUAAUUUUGAAAGAAAGUAAUUUUCAAAUUAUAUAAAAGCCAGUGAAUUGUGUGUGGAAGAAAUGGUGAAAGAGUGAAUAUUCCCUUGAAGUUUCUUUUCGCUAGCAAUGCACUUCGGAGCGUUCUCCAAUCAAAGGAUGAACUCGAAAUCAACGAGAAUGACUCGCGCUGCCGCUAAGUCAGCGAGAAAGUCAAAGCCAGAGUAGGCGUUUACUAUGUAUAAUAAAAAAAAAAGGAAUUGAAAGCAUAUACCGUUAUAUGUGUUUGUACUUAUGAGAAGGGGAGAAUGUCAAGUAGUAGAAAGCUUGUAAAAAGUACGCCUUGCAUUAUUAAAAUUCCUUUCGUGCGCAGUCAAGAGGAAAACAUGACACAAAUUGCGGAACUCAAACCCCACAAUACGAAGCGAUACCAAAAUCAGCAGCAACAACAGCAACAGCUAAAGUAGCAAGCAGCAAUAACAGCGGUAGCAAUUUUUAAAUACAGCAACCGAGAAAACAAAACCAACAACAAAAUAAUAGCAAAAAGGCAGACCGAACUGUGUUCAAGCACGCCAACUUGGAAACUUAAGGAAAUUUGCAAGCACACUCACACACACAUGUAUGCGUACACAAAUACGUAAAUACGUAAGCAUAGUAUAAGCUUGCGUCUCACUUUAAAAUCGCCUUCAAUAUACAACACUCGCCAAGCUGAAGUGGGACCUUAGCAGUCGUUCUUUGCGAUUUAUGUUAAGGACAAGUGGCGCCAUUUGUUCAGUGCCUCCAUACUCGAGUCAAAACUGGCGACGACAAAAACAAGCACAACAGUAGCCAGUGAGCGUACCACAAAUGCGGUAAGGCAGGACGACGGCGGUACAAGCGGUUUGUAAACAAACGCAGCCGCAACGAUUAACAAGGAUUCUUAGUUGCAUUGCCAGCCCCUCAUCUUGGGCUUGGCGUUUGGUACAUCAUACUCGCUACGUCAUAGCAACGUUUACUACGUCAGCAGGAAAAAAUAGUGCCGUAGGUGUUUAACACAAUAGCACAGACGACGACUGCUACAACGAGAACGGCGACGACGACGACGUCGAGGACGUUGAGGACGACUCGGUACUUGAGGACAGUGACGCUGUGGCAUUCGCCUCGGCAUGGGCGACCUGCAAGCAACAAUUGAAUUUUCCGUUGAGCUCUAUAAAUUCUUCAAUGUUGACUUAUUUCAAAGAGGACUCUAUCAGGUGCGCUGCGGUUUACGUGUUUCUCCACGGCUGCCCGUGCAGGUGGAGACCAGCAUAGCCGACACACCGCAGAACAAUGCACACGCGGCGGAAAUACACACACAGCCGCCACCAACCACAAAUGGUUGCAAUGGUGGCGAUAGCAGUGGCGGUGAUGGCGGCGGUGGCGGCAGCAGCGAUGGUGAUGUGUUGCAAGAGCCGCGUGAACAGCAACAGGAUGCAUUGCCAAGCAUGUUGCAGAACGGCGGCAGCCUAUUGUCGGGAUCUGCAUGCAUAAUUAACGGUUGUGGCGCAUCGCGCGUCUUUCAGAUCCUCUACCGGAAUGAGGAAGUGACGCUGCGCGAUGUUAUACACUUUCGCACACACUUGUUGGUUGACAGCCGUCACUUGAAGGAAUCCAUUGAACGUGCGGAAUUCUCAUUGCAAUUGGAGUUGUGGUUUGGCGAACAAAACGGCACCAGCGCAUUAUCAUUGGCCUCCACACGCACCUUACAGCUGAAUUUCCAUCCAGGUCGAGGGCUCCAUUACCAUUUGCCGGUGCUGUUCGAUUACUUCCACUUGGCCGCCAUUAGCGUUGGCAUCCACGCCAGUUUAGUGGCUUUGCAUCAGCCUUACAUAAAGAAAACACUUUUCCGUUACAUGAAACUCUGCGCGCCUAAAAGCUCGAAAGCUUGGAGCGGCAAGCUGAACUGUCGUGGCAGUAUGUCGCCCGGUCCAUUGGAGGCGGUCUUUUUUGGGCCGCAAAUUGUGGGCACCACCAAGUGCAGCGGCGGUCCCGCUGGACGAUUACUGCAAUCGCGUCAAAUACAUCACGAAGUGUGUAGCCUACUGUUGGGCGCCAUUGAGAAUCUUAAGGUUACGCUUAACGAGUUCAGCGCAGUGCUUACGAAGAGCAUGAAUAAUCAAAUCGGCUCACCACCAUUACGCGAGAAUGAUACCACGGAGCGUUUGCAGCAUUUAACCGAAGAGGCGAAGCUCCACGAUACCGAAGAGGAUUUCGCGAUUCGGGCAAAUUCCGACAUCGCACAGCUGUGCGCCGAGUGCAUCAUGUACUGGCGGCGUGUCUUGCUCGCCUCCUCGCAAACGGCUGUGCAUACACUGCUCGCCAAAAAGCAUCAUAUACUGCGUGUGCAACGCUUUGCUGAAGGGUUUUUUGUCAACGAAAACCCGCGUCACUCGGCGGCCGGUUGCUAUGAUAGCAACUAUCAGAAUUAUGUAGCUAUCGCAGAAAUGGCACGUCGCAGCCGUUAUCUACAGUCGCUGCCACCGCUACCGGUACACUGCACGCCGAUCGAUGGUGAUGCAAGCUCCUUACCAUUGAUAUUUGAAGAUCGCUACGUCGAACCACCGAAUUAUACGCGUCGUCGCACCGGCAGCGAACCGCAUUUAAAUAGUCACGAGAGUUUGGUGAGUUCUUGUGGCAGCAACACAACGCCCAAACUACCACCACCGCCAGCAGCGAGCAUGCUCGAUAAGACACACUCAGUUAAUAGCCUCAGCGGGCGUAGUACUAAUUCCAAAGAAUGCUCGUGUACCGUAAAUUUUGACUAUCAGAAUAGUCCCGGCUGUGUAGCUGGCGUGCUGACACCACGUUUCGCUUUGGGUGGUGAAGUAUUGCAAGCAAGUCUGACUAUUUCAACCACAGCAACGGCCAAAGCACCGAAUAAUAGCGCGCUAAACCAUCGACAGAUGUCACGACACUCUGUUACCGGUCUGCUUGAGGCUGACGAUGAUACAGCGACUGCAAAGGAAUGCAGUUACAAUGCUAAUAGCACGUUGCCAGCGCGGCACAGCAAGUCAUUGGACCAACUGGAUGGCACAGUCCACAGCACGCCCUCCUUGCGCACACACAGUCACACACAACAGCUCAACAUGCAUGGUUCCAUGCAAACGCAAUCAGAUUCAAAUUAUAAACACUUUAGUGAUGGCGCCAGUGUAUCCAGUUUGGCUCACAAGGUCGAACAAUCGACGACGCGCAAGCAUAAAGCACAAGCUGAAGAUCUCAUGCGCAAUAUCUCCGAGUUCCGUCAGAAGUACAAGAACUGUGAAGAUGGUACACGCUGUGAGACUAAACUGCAUUUAAAUGGACACGCUAAGGCCACAAAUAAUCCAGCUGUAAAUGGUUGUAACCGUGCCGACGUAAGCACACUUAACCGGCAGUUAAGUACGGGAAAGUUCGAUUAUUUGCACGAGAUACGCAUGCUGAACUCACCGAAGCAGCUAACGCUAUGCUCACAUUACAACUCGUUGCCAAAAUACAAUGGGAAUGGCUUGAUACCGCCGCGAAACUCAUAUCCACCCAUUAAGUCGAAGAAAAUAAAUGGCUGCAUAGAGAACGAAGCCAAAGCCGCCAAGCAUAUAGUGACGCCAAUACAACAACACACAAUACCGCGUAGCAGCUCUUCACAAGCCUUACGUCAGAAGUCCCAAGGCGAUGUAAGCAGUCAAGCAGAGUAUGCGUCGACCAUACCGCGUUCGGUUGAGAUCGCACGGGUGCGUGUCUCCGAUCUCAAAGAAAUGUUGAAGAAUGGUACACUCAAAAAGGAGUCAAGUAGUUCUGAAAGUGAUAUACCCUCCAAAGUGCAGUCCUCGAAAAGUAGUGACAAUAAAAUGCUCUCUUCACUUAGUGUACCAUUUAAAUUGGAGUCGCUGAAUACGACUAGCAGCGAACAGAAUACUAGUGGUUUUAGCGAAUCAUUACCGAAUCUGGCGCCACCACCGCAAUUCGAUGCGAACACGGGACAAAAGCGAAAACUUGUGCUAAGCAAUUCCACGUCGUCCUUGAGUGAAGAGAGUGGUUGGGUGUCGAGUCGGCGCAGUUCACUCGGUCCAUCUAGUCCAGAGACCAUUACAAAUAACGAAAAAAACGAGAAAAAUGAACAAGCACAUAUCAAUGGUAUGGAGACUCGCUUAAACGGCGAGCAACUACGUCUUAAAUUACAGCAACUAUUGGAUCAGCAAGCUCAAAAGAGCAUUAAAAAGCACAGUACAGCAAAACAGUCGAGUCAAAAUCACAAAAACAAUACCGCGAACAAUGAAAUAUCGAUACAACGUAAAGUCUCAUCCGUAACGCUGAAGAUGAAACCAGACUUUAACAGAACAGAAUUGCAUUUACGCCGCCGUCUGCAGCAUUUAACGAAUGGCGAAUCCACGGAAACGGAUGAUUUAGAAAUACCUGCACAGCGCGAACGUCUAAAACAUGGCAAACACGAGAAAUCGAAAUCAGAUUUCGAUCUAGCUAGUUUAAAAGAAAACACACCACUAGAAAAUGUGCGUGUACCGCCACCACAGCAGUUCCAAGAUGAUUUGCUGCCACCCGAUGAAUUUCGUGAUCCACCAUUGCCCGGUACACAUGAGAAAUUUACGACAGACACAACGACAUCCAUAAAUACAACAACCAUAAUCUCAACAAGACAUAAUAACAAUAAGAAAACUCCUACCACGCAGUCCGUAAAGCCGAAAAUACAACCAAGCAACGAUAUCAAGUUGAUGUCCACACAAAUACCUAAAACAAAGCUAAAGCAUCAUCAAAGCUUCAAUAUCAGUCCAAAGAAGAAUCAGAGUCGUCCGUCGCAUAUAACAACAGUGCAGACGCAAAAUCUAUAUGCAAUGCAAAAAUCUUCGCCGACGACGACACUUCUUGCAAAACCGUCCCAAAUAAAAGAAAUUGCCACUCCGGAUCAAAGCCUUUUAAAAGUCAUGGAGCCCUCGCACGCUAUCGACAACCCAGUCUAUCACAUAUACGAAUCUUUGAAACCCAUCGCCACACCCGCCAUAUUCACAAACAAACCAUUAUUAAAGUCACACAGCAUCUUGGAGCUCAAACAUAGUCAUCAGCCGUCGAGCGAACUCUACAACAAUCACUGCAGAUCAACACCGCAUCAGCAUAUCGGCAACAUAAACAAUGGUGUUACGAAUGUGACCCACAAUGGACACGGCCACAGCCAUAUGCACAGUCAUGAGCAUUCUAACGAUCACACCCUACAUACGCAUGCGGUUGAACUCACCGAGGACGAAGAUAAAGAGAAUACCAGCAACACACAAAAUAAAGCCAUAGUGGCGCGAACCGAUAGCCAAAAGUCGAAUAGCUCCAAGGUGUUGGUUAAACGCACAAAAACCGCUGCUGUCGUCGGUAGUGGUCAAGAUGCCAAUGUUUCACUUAUGGAAUUUGAAAAAUAUCGUGAAGAAUUUCGCAAACAGAUCAAAUAUACCGGUAGCAUUUAUUCGGACUUUGCUAAGCUGGCUUCCGAACUGCCAUACUUUAGCAUUUGCGAUGAGUAUCGCGCCUUUUCGCCCAACGGUAUGCAUUUAAUUAUCUGUGUUCAUGGGUUGGAUGGAAACGCCGCCGAUUUGCGACUCGUGCGUACUUAUCUUGAGCUCGGUUUGCCCGGCGCAAACUUGGAGUUUCUAAUGUCCGAGCGUAAUCAAGGCGAUACGUUUUCCGAUUUUGAAACAAUGACCGAUCGGCUUGUAGCUGAGAUACUAUAUCAUAUAGAAACAUGUGGUCUGAAUCCAACACGCAUUUCAUUCGUCGCACACUCUUUAGGUACGAUUAUAGUACGUAGUGCUUUGGCGCGUUCGCAAAUGCGUCCAUUACUACCGCGUCUAUACACAUUCCUAUCGCUGUCUGGGCCACAUUUGGGUACGCUAUACAACACUAGCGGUCUUGUCAAUAUGGGCAUGUGGUUCAUGCAGAAAUGGAAGAAAUCCGGCUCACUUUUACAGCUUUGCAUGCGCGACACUUCGGAUCUACGAAAUACGUUUUUAUAUCGGCUUAGUCAGCGCAGCACCCUGCAUCAUUUCAAGAAUAUACUGCUCUGUGGUUCGAGUCAAGAUCGUUAUGUGCCAGCGCAUUCGGCCCGUCUAGAGCUCUGCAAAGCCGCCAUACGUGAUAACUCCAAUCUGGGCACGGUUUACAGGGAAAUGAUACACAACAUAAUCGCACCGAUACUGGCUCGACCCGAAUUGCAGUUAGCGCGUUACGACGUCCAUCAUGCACUUCCGCAUACAGCAAAUACGCUCAUCGGUAGAGCAGCGCAUAUUGCUGUACUCGAUUCGGAAUUAUUUAUAGAGAAAUUUUUACUGAUUGCCGGCUUAAAAUAUUUUAGUUAACCAAGAAAUAACGAGAAAUUUACCAACUACAAAUAGAGGAGAAAAAAGUUACGUAUUUGCUUAAAAAAUACAUAGUUCGAACACUUGGUUCAUAUGUUGAACCCGGUAUACUUAGUUGAAAGCUAUUUUGUAGUCGUAGUUGUUGAUACACACUUUAGAGGUAGUUAGGUAUAUUGCUGGUAACGGAGGAAUCACAUGACAUAGAAGAGAAAACUAUAACGAAGGAUUUGAGAAUUGGCUCGACGUACAAAUUUUAUGUAUAUUUAUUUUGAAAAAAAAUAUUUUGGUUUAGGUGCUCUCAUUGUUUAAGCUAUAGGUUUCGAAAUGGAAGACCUACUUAUUCUACGCGAAGGAAAACUCCUAUAAUUCUAGGCAAUUCUGAAAAUGUUAAGCAUUCCUGUCGAGAUUGUUAUCAUUUUUAAUAAUCAGUAGCUUAAGACAGCUGACUUACUUUGGAUCAAAAAUAGAUGUGGUCUUUGUAGAAUCCGGAAUGAGAUCUGACCAGCUAAAUGCUAUUGAUUAUACCAAAGAAAUUACGCAGUAAAGUAGGACGGAGUAGGAUAUUCAUUUUAAUGAGAGGAUGUGAGUUUCAGCCCGGGACAAAUUUGAGGAAGCAAAGCUGAAUGCCAAUCAGAAAAACAGCAAACUAUUUGAAAAAGUAUGCUUUAAGAUUGGGGAAAAUUCUAAUCUCUCGAAGAUAAGCUGUUCGAUAAUUUAUAACGAACAGAAUAAUUAUCGAAGAGUUAAAGAAAAGUGUGUGCUAUUUUCAUCAACCCGAUCUAAAGGUACUUAGACCCAGAAAACGAACUGUUUGGAUGGGUUAUGACUUUUUAGAUAAGGUGAGUGGACGUGCAAAAUUUUGUCGUACACUAAGUAAUUUCGUUUUAUAGUGCAAUUUAAGCACGAUUUUUUUCUAUAUAUUCUACAUUUUGAUCCAAUAUAUUUUGCGAUCUUUCGGGAGAGAUAUUGAUUUCAUGCUAAUAAGAGUUUUGAUCCUUGUAGGUAAAACACUGGUUCAAGUGAUUUUUACGUCCUGGUUUGUGAAGAAGGUUGUCCCAUCCAAAAACUUUUGCACAGACCGGAAAAAGUAAUAGUCCGAAGGAGCUAAGUCUGGAGAAUAUGGCGCAAAAGCUUUUAGCAUGCUAUCGAACUUAUUUGAGGUCUUGCAUUUUCCUGAUGGAACAUCAUACCUUUUCUAUUAAUUAAUUCUAUCUUCUUCUAUUUGCAAUCGUGGUAUUGUUGAACAAAAGCCCAAAAUAAACGAAACUUUCGGAAUUCCAUCAUAUAGCCAACUUAACUUAUUUUAUCGAAGUGGUUUAAGCUAAUUCAAUCUUUCCAGACCAUGAUCUCUUGCGCUUUACAUUUUUGGUACAAUCCACUUUUAGCAAUGAGCUUCAAAAAUUAAUCACUUCUUUGAUGUUUGAUGUCGUUAAAGCGACUAAGCAAAUUUCGUUCUGUAAGAAUGUGAGAAACCUAUACGACAAGUUUCAAAAUUAAUCCUACAAGUUUCAUGUCUCGUUAGAAAAAUUAAAUCUUUCAGUAAUCUCUCGAGUUAUUAUUCGAUGAUUUUUCUUAACCAAUGACUGCACCACGUCCUGAAAGGAGCCUUGAAGCCGUUGUGAAUAAAAUAAUCAACCAACGCAUUUAUUUUAUUUACAAUGUCUUCAAGUUUCCUUCAAGGACAUGGUGCGUUCUCAAGGUCUAAAUUGACUGGAUUUCCGAUGAAUAGGGUCAGGUGCAGGUGGCAAGACUGUUGCGACAUUAGUUCUACAGGUUGAAUGACUUAUGAGUACAUUAGGGACAUUGGUUUUUCUUUUUAGGGUAACCCAAACUUCAAAUUACGUCUGAGUCUGGGUAUUCUGCAUACAUGGCUACACAGCAUGGGCUUCUGAAUGCAUUUUUGCAUCAUAGAGAGCUAUCUGAGAGGUCGGGUUAUUUUACGAGGCGGGGAUAGAGGACUUGGAGCAUGUAAUUGAAGAAUGCUCGAUGUACUCGGACAUUAGGGAUCUGGGUGGUAUGGGGAUUAGCAGUUCUUGGUCGUUUAAAUGUUGGCGGUGUGAACUCCACUAGUCUGAAUGCAAAACAGUUAGGGUCAUUUGCGCUUGAAUUCUUUAGGCCGCGAAGGCGUUUAACCGAGAAUUAGUUCUGCGUGAAUGAUGUGUGCGUGUAAUGUGCAUAUGGUAUCCAAGCCCUGGUCACCAGUCCAAAGCAGUAUGGAAGACCGACGGGUAUAAGUUUCGGCUACGAAGUUUGGGUGUAAACUUAAUUACUGUACCACGGGGAGCAGCAGUUCUAGGAGUUUGCUCCAACCUGCUCAUUGUGGCCUGGCCCCUCGGCGAGUAUCGUAGUGAUUUUAGAUAAAAUCCGAAUGCGGUAGGAACUGACACUUUGUCAGUUGAAUGUGGAGCUGCAUUUCAACCGGGUGCGGAACCCAAAGUACGGCAGAGGUUUUAGAUGGGCCUCGAACCCUACCAAGGUGGUUAAUGGGUCCAUUCCAAACUGCUAAUUUCUACUGAAAAUGCUAAGGCGCUGAUCAAAGCAUUGAUUUGAUCCGCUAUGCUUUUCAGCGCCGUGGAAUAAGGCUGUCGUCAGUAGGUACCCAGGUUAAACACACAGGAUAUUGUAUGUAAUGGCGAUCGUCACGGCAAACCCUCGGUCUCUCUUUUUUCACCAUUGUUGCUAUCUGAAUAUGAGGUCGAUUCUAACAGGAAUUUCAUUUGGUCAACUUAGAACGCCGGUCUUUUGUGGGUAACCCAAGCUAAAAAUGUAGCCAAAAUUAGAAUUAUAUCCAAUAAAAAUCUUCUUUCCUAUACGUGUAUGACGAGCAAGUCUUGAUGGAGCAGAGAUUUAUCACAGGUUUUGAAAUCGUCGCCGACAAUUACUCACACACAUGCAAAAUAUGGCAAAUGUGUGCUAAGUUGAAAAACAAAAAAAGAAACUUACUUAAACAAACAAGGAAUUUUUCAAUGAGAUUUGAACUUUUUUAUAUUAAAAUCUAUGUAUUUAAUAAUUAAUAUUAAGGAACAAGCAACACAAACAUACAUACAUAUAUUAAACUAUUUAGUAUGAGAGUAGUAGUAUUAGAGAAUCUUCUUCUUCUUCUUAAUUGGCGUAGACACCGCUUACGCGAUUAUAGCCGAGUU